CCCACUCAUCUUAAGCUGUUUCAUUUUGGGUCACCUCAAACAUUCUAUUUCAUCAAAACCCAAAAAAAAAAAAUAAUAAUAAGAAUAAUAAGAAACUUUUGUUAUUUAAUUUUCUUGAUCAAAAUGAAGGAAAUUGUUGCAAAUCCUUUGCAUCUCAAGUCUCUGAACCACAUCUCCCUCCAGUGCCGUUCGGUCGAAGAAUCGGUUAAAUUCUACACCAAAAUCCUUGGUUUUGUUCAAGUUAAGAGACCUGGAAAUCUUGAUUUUGAGGGUGCUUGGCUUUUUAGCUAUGGAAUUGGGAUACAUUUGAUUCAGUAUGAAGACUCACACAAUGUUCCAAAGAAAAAUGAAAUCAAUACUAAAGAUAACCAUAUUUCUUUCCAGUGCGAGAGCAUCGGAUUUGUGGAGAAGAAGCUGAAAGAAAUGAUGAUAAAAUACACGAGACAGCGGGUGGAGGAAGGUGGAAUCUACGUUGAUCAGUUAUUUUUCCAUGAUCCAGACGGGUUCAUGAUCGAAAUCUGUAACUGCGACAUUCUUCCAGUGAUACCUAUUGCCGGAGAUAUGGUUCGAUCAUGCUCGCGGGUUGUUCCGGCAGUAGAAGCAGCAGUAACAAGUACAAAACUUUGUUCAGCUAUGAAGAAAUAAUAGAAUUAUAACGUUUGAUAUUUGUGUGUUUGAAGUGGAAAUAACUGAUAAGAACAGUGUUAUUAUAUCUUUAUUAUUUAUUUUAUAUUUUAUAUGUUACUUUAAUAGUUA